AUGUACUUGAUUUCCGAGAUGCGAAGACAUCAGAGAAACGCCAUGAGGUUCCAAGAGAAUGUCCGCACGCUUUGGUAUGCUCUGAAUGGUCCCUAUGGCGAUGCUGCAGUCACCCUGGCAGAGGUCGACUCAGAGACCGAGGCAGCUGUUUUGAUGCGUUACCAUGCUAGGCCCUGCUAG